UAUAUAUAGAAUUUUCUUUCUUUAAUCAUUGUGUAGAAGACAAUAUGAAAAGACCAACUUUUCUGUUAAAUUCUUUAAGAUAAUAAAUCGCAGUUGACAAAUGUCAUGAUCAUAUUGCACUUAUAUGAUCAAACCACCAAAUAAAGAACAUAAACUUGCUCAUAAAUUCAUGUUUUAAGAGGUAUGUAUAGGGAUUUUAAUUCUUGUUUCAGUCUUGUUAUUUCAUAUUUAAACAUGAAUUUUCAAUUCUUGAUGUGAAUUCAAGAAAAUUUAGUGUUUUUUUAGCUAUGGAGAGAAUCAGAAUAUUUGUAUUUCUUUUUGUUAUAUUCUUGUUCGUUGGUCAAAUUUUUGGGCUUAAUGCUGAUGGUCAGUUUCUUUUGGAGAUUAAGAGCAAAUUAGUUGAUAAUUCUAAUCAUUUGAUUGAUUGGAAUCCAAAUGAUUCUACUCCUUGUGGAUGGAAUGGUGUGAAUUGUACUUCUGAUUAUUACAAUCCAGUGGUUUGGUUUCUUGAUUUGAGUUCCAAGAAUCUUUCAGGUUCUUUAUCACCAAGUAUUGGUGGACUCACUGGGUUGGUUUAUCUUGAUGUUUCUUUCAAUCUUUUAUCUCAAAAUAUUCCGAUUGAAAUCGGGAAUUGUUCGAGUUUGGUUGAUCUUCGUCUCAACAAUAAUCAGUUUCGAGGUCAGAUUCCUGUGGAAAUACUCAAGCUCUCUUCUUUGACAGUUUUGAAUAUUUCUAAUAAUAGAAUAUCCGGCCCGUUUCCUGAGAGAAUCGGAGAGCUUUCGUCGUUGUCGCAGUUGAUUGCCUACAGCAACAACAUUUCUGGAUCCCUGCCGGCUUCUUUUGGAAACCUGAAAAGUUUGACGAUUUUUCGAGCUGGACAGAAUUUGAUAUCGGGAAGCCUUCCGCCGCAGAUAGGCGGAUGUGAAAGCUUGCAGAUUCUCGGGCUCGCGCAGAAUCAAUUGAGUGGUGUAAUUCCGAGAGAGAUCGGGAAGUUGGCGAAUUUGCAGGAUUUGGUACUAUGGAGUAAUACGCUUUCGGGUUCUAUUCCGAAGGAGCUCAGCAAUUGUACUAAUUUGCGGACUAUUGGUCUUUAUGAUAACAAUCUUGUCGGAGCUAUACCUAUGGAGCUUGGUCAGGUUUUGUUUCUGAAGAGAUUAUACCUCUACAGGAAUCACUUGAACGGCACGAUCCCAAAAACAAUUGGAAAUCUUUCUUCUGCAGUCGAAAUUGAUUUCUCCGAGAAUAUGCUGACUGGGGAGAUACCGGUAGAGUUCGCAAAGAUAAGCGGACUUCAGUUGCUUUAUCUUUUCGAGAACCAGCUAACCGGAGUCAUUCCUGAUGAACUCGCUACUUUGGCUAACUUGACAAGGCUUGAUCUCUCCAUCAACAAUCUCUCUGGUUCAAUUCCUGUUGGGUUCCAAUAUCUGAAGCAGUUGACUAUGUUGCAGCUUUUUAACAAUUCCUUCCGGAAUACUAUUCCUCAAGGACUCGGAGUUUAUGGAAAGCUAUGGGUGGUUGAUUUAUCAAAUAACUACCUAACCGGAACAAUUCCGCCUCAUCUCUGCAGAAAUCAGAAUCUCUUGCUGCUGAAUCUCGGGUCGAAUCUUCUGGUGGGUUAUAUUCCGAAUGGUAUUGUUUCCUGUAAGAAACUAGGGCAGCUUUACCUUGCAGGGAAUAAUCUGACAGGAAGUUUUCAAAGUGAUUUAUGCAAGCUUGCGAAUCUUUCGAGUCUCGAAUUGGAUCAGAACAGCUUCACUGGCUUAAUUCCUCCUGAGAUCGGUUAUUGUCAGGCUUUGAAAAGACUACAUUUAGCCAAUAACUACUUUGUUGGUGAAUUGCCAAAAGAGAUUGGCAAUCUUUCUCAAUUGGUCAUAUUUAACAUCUCAUCAAAUCUGUUCUCGGGAAUGAUACCACGGGAGAUUUUCAGCUGUAAGAUGCUUCAACGGCUCGAUCUCAGCCGCAAUAAAUUUGUCGGUGCUCUACCGAGUCAAAUAGGCGGCCUUUCCGAAUUGGAGCUUCUCAAGCUUUCUGACAAUCAAAUUUCAGGUACCAUUCCUCUGGAGAUAGGAAACCUGAGUCGUCUCACCGAGUUACAAAUGGGCGGAAAUUUAUUUUCCGGAGCGAUUCCUGCUGAAUUGGGUGAUCUUUCAAGCUUACAGAUUGCAUUAAACCUCAGUUAUAACAAUUUAUCAGGGUCAAUACCAGAAAAGCUUGGAAAUCUUGUGUUACUAGAAUCUCUACUGCUCAACAACAAUCAUUUGAGCGGUGAAAUUCCAAGCUCAUUAACAAGCCUGUCAAGCUUACUCGGAUGCAACUUCUCCUACAACGACUUAACCGGACCGUUACCGUCCUUGCCGCUGUUUCUAAGCACCGGCGACACCAGUUUUCUCGGAAACAAAGGCCUUUGCGGCGGACCAUUAGGUAAUUGCAGCGAAUCUCCGUCGUCUAAUCCUCCGAUGGACACACAAGGUAACAACAAUGUCCGUUUCGGAAAAAUAAUCGCGAUAAUCGCAGCGGUUAUCGGCGGAAUUUCAUUAAUUUUAAUAAUAGUAAUUAUAUACUUCAUGCGACGUCGUCCGAAUAAUCAAACCCUAGCUCAACCAGUUCAAGAUAAAUCAUUAUCUUCUCCAGUUUCCGAUUUUUACUUCUCUCCAAGACAAGGCUUCACAUUCCAGGAUCUCGUAACCGCCACCGGAAACUUUGACGACAAUUUUGUCAUCGGAAAAGGAGCUUGCGGAACCGUAUACAGAGCAGUCCUGCCAGGCGGUCUAACCAUUGCUGUCAAGAAACUAGCAUCUAACAGAGAAGGAAGCGCCGUGGAUAAAAGUUUCCGAGCGGAAAUCCUGACGUUAGGAAAAAUUCGGCACCGGAAUAUUGUCAAAUUAUUCGGAUUCUGCUACCACCAGGGUUCGAAUUUACUGCUUUAUGAGUACAUGGAAAAUGGUAGUUUGGGAGAAAUGCUGCAUGGAGAAGCUAAUAGUCUUGAUUGGUGGAUGAGAUUUAAGAUUGCCCUGGGAGCGGCUCAGGGACUUGCUUAUCUGCAUCAUGAUUGUAAACCGAGAAUUUUUCACCGGGAUAUUAAGUCGAAUAAUAUUCUGCUUGAUCGGAAAUUUGAAGCUCAUGUCGGGGAUUUCGGGUUAGCGAAAGUGAUUGAUUUACCGCAUUCUAAAACUAUGUCUGCUGUUGCUGGUUCUUAUGGCUACAUUGCCCCUGAGUAUGCAUACACUAUGAAAGUGACCGAAAAAUGUGACAUAUAUAGCUACGGAGUAGUCCUAUUGGAGUUGCUGACCGGAAAAUCACCCGUGCAACCAUUAGAUCAAGGUGGUGAUCUAGUAAGCUGGGUCCGAAACUACAUUCGGGCUCACACAUUAUCCCCGGGCAUGCUCGAUGCUCGACUUGAUUUACAAGAUGAGAACAUUGUAGCUCAUAUGAUUACUGUCAUGAAAAUUGCUUUACUAUGCACAACUCUGUCUCCAUUUGAUCGACCAACUAUGCGAGAAGCUGUGUUGAUGCUGCUCGAAUCGAGUCAACGAUCAAUAGGACAUUUCGAGUCAUCUCCGAGUAAUUAUGAUCAUGGUAAUUCAAGUGAAGGGGCGCAUUUCGAUUCGUCGCCGAGUCAUCAUGCUAAUUCAAGCGAUGAAUUGAUUGUACAUGUUGAGUGAAUAGUUUUGAUAGACUGGAUGGUGAUUGAAUUCUUUAAUUAGCAGUUAAUUGAUCCAAUUAGUGUAAGUAGCAUUAACUAGUAUUAGCUUUGAAAAAGUGUAAUAUUGUAGAAUAUUUCUAACAUAGUAAUAUAACAAUAUCAUUUACCUCCCUUUUA